AUGGCAAUUCAAUUCAUAGUGAUUCUGAAUCGGCAAGGAAGAUUAAGAUUGGCAAAAUGGUACACAGCAAUUGGCGAAUCACAGCAAAGGCAGACAAUCAAAACAAUUCACAAGCUGAUCUCUUCUCGUGAUCAUCGGAAGCAGUCGAAUUUUGUGUUGUUUGAGAACUCGAGGCUCGUUUAUAAGAGAUACAACGGCCUUUUUUUCGUGUUAUGCAUUUCAUUAGAGGAUAAUGAACUGGGAUACUUGGAGGUGAUCCCGUUGUUUGUUGAAAUACUCGAUUCAUACUUUAACGGUGUGUGUGAGUUAGACAUUGUGUUCAAUUUCUACAAGGUAUACCGAAUAUUGGAUGAGAUAGUUGUUGGAGGAGAAUUGCAAGAUACAAACAAAACCACGAUAUUAAACAGGAUAUAUGCGUGGGACAAAUUUGCGUGA